CGGCCCACUAAUGGACACAUCGGAUGAAAUCAUAUAUCUAAUAAUCUAAACCCUAAUAUUGAAUCCUCACUGCAGGCAACGCCGCACCGUAUCUUCUCAAUUUCCAGCAGCAGGUAAGCAAUGGCGGUUCCCAAGCUUGAUAAGAAGAUCAUCAAAAAGCGCGUCAAGAAGUUCAAGAGGCCCCAGAGUGACUGGAAGAUAUGUGUCAAGGAAAACUGGCGCAGGCCCAAGGGUAUUGAUUCUCGUGUGAGGAGAAAGUUUAAAGGUGUAACUCUUAUGCCCAACAUCGGGUACGGCUCAGACAAGAAAACCCGUCACUAUCUGCCAAAUGGCUUCAAGAAGUUUGUUGUCCACAACGCCAAGGAGCUGGAAGUCCUCAUGAUGCACAACAGGACAUACUGUGCUGAAAUAGCACACAAUGUAUCUACUCGCAAAAGGAAGGAGAUUGUUGAGCGUGCAGCCCAAUUGGAUGUCGUUGUUACCAACAAACUUGCUAGGUUGCGCAGUCAGGAAGACGAGUGAUAGCUAGUCCCUCAAGCCUUUGUUUUCUAUAAUUUUGAUGUUCAAGAUUCAUAUCACUUCAAAUCUUAUUUUCUUCGUACUAGGUCAAGUUUUGUUGCUGUUGAUGAAAUGAGGGUUAUUUUUCUUUAAGUUA